GGGAGCUGUGUGGGGAGACAGUGAAGGGACAGACAGGCUUUAGGGAUACAGGGAGACGGGGGGAGAGUCCCACACAGGGGAACACAGGGAGCCCAACGGAAAGGCAGAGAGAGAGUGUGGGCCCCCCCAGCAGGGACCAGUUUAAGCAGAAAGUUUGAGGGGAGCUCCCCCCAUUUACUGGGCGCCAUGGCUUCUUAUCCCGUGCACGGACUGCCCUUCCUGCCUGGGAACACCUACAGGGACCCCACGAAAAGCGCAUUUCACCGCUCCCAGACCUUAACCUACAAAAACGGUUACAGUCGACCCAUUCUCCCCACUGUCGGCAUUGGACGGGAACCCAUCACAGCCAACCAGCUGUCCCAAGCCGAACUAGAUGAGCUGGCCAACAAAAGGCCAACACUGACCUAUGGGCGUGCCAAGCCGGCCCCACCAUCAGAUUUCAUCCCUUCCUAUGUGGCCUUUGAUAAAAAGGUGCUCAGGUUUGAGGGUUACUUCCAAGAGACUGUCCCCCUGUCCCCGGAGGAGCACUACCGAGUGCGCAGAGUCACGCUGUAUUACUAUCUGGAAGAUGACACUAUAUCAGUGAUAGAGCCACCUAUGGAAAAUUCCGGCAUCCCCCAAGGAACAUUUAUCAAGCGCCAAAGACACCCCAAGAAUGCAAACGGGGAUCCCUAUCACUGGAAGGAUCUAAAUGUGGGGAUCAACGUCACUUUGUACGGCCGAACCUUCCGCCUUAUCAGCUGUGACAGUUUCACACAGGAAUUCCUGGAGAGCGAGGGCAUCGAGCUGAACCCCCCAGAGGGCAUCCCUACAGACCCAUUUACUGAACUGAGGAGGAGGCCCAAUCGCACAUUCGUCACCCCAUCCGACUUCGAUAAGCUCAAGCAGUACCUCACUAUGGACCGUAAGGUUCUGCGCUUCUUUGCUGUGUGGGACGACACGGAGAGCAUGUUUGGAGAGAAGCACCCGGUGCUCAUUCACUACUACCUGUCUGACGACACAGUGGAAAUCAGGGAAGUGCAUGAGCGAAACGAUGGACGCGACCCAUUCCCAGUGUUGAUGAAACGCCAACACUUACCUAAAGUGGUGAAUGAUACAAAAGACACCUUCCCAAUGUGUGUGCUGGAGAUCUCAGACCAAGAGGUGAAGGAAUGGUUUUCCCCUGGAGAUUUCAAAGUAGGAAAGCACAUUAGUAUUCUAGGACGCAAGUUCUUUAUCUAUGACUGUGAUGCCUACACUCGAGACUUCUACAGAGAUAAAAUGGGGAUCGGAGACCUUCAGCCUGUUGAGGUUAACAAGGAGAGAGAAGAUGAGGAAGAGAAGGUCAUCCAGGAGAUCCCUCCAUACAAUGGAUUUGGUUUGCUCGAAGACUCUUUACAGAACUGCCUAUCCCUGGUUCCCAAGCCCCCCAAAAAGGAUGUGCUGAAAAUGCUGGAGAAUGACCAUAAUGUCCUGAGAUACGUAGUUAUUCUGGAUUCCCCAAACCCAGAAGACAAAGUGCGGCGCUUCGUCCUCUCGUACUUCUUGGCCAACGACAUGCUGAGCAUCUUUGAGCGCCAAGUUCGGAACUCUGGUAUCAUCGGGGGGAAAUUCCUAGAGAAAUCCAGGGUGCUGGUACCGGGUUCCACCGUAGACAACCCUAUCUACUAUGGGCCGAAGGACUUCACUAUUGGGGCUGCUAUUGAAGUCUUCAACCACAGAUUUAUCAUCACAGACGCCGACGAAUACGUAUUAAACUACAUGAAGGCGCACAGCAAGGAGUUCCCCCCCCAUGUGUUACAUUCCCUGGAAAGGCACCUGUACCCCCAGCCGGAGAUAUAAUGCCAAGUGGAUCCAUGGUGGGGAGGCCAACAUCUCACUGAAGAACUGGCUCAAAGCCUCCAGACGCUGCUUAUUGGGAAGUCAUCAUCCUAGAGGCCAAAUGAUUGGAUUGGGUUGGGUUGGGCAGUGCGCUGCAUGAAUUUGCUUAUAUUAAACCAAUGCCUGAGA